AUGCAACCCUGUGUUUUAUUAGCCCUGGCGGCGUGGAGGAUCUCAAUGGUUUUUAUCCGUAACUUAAUCGAAAUAUGCUGCUUACCAUUUGUUUUUGGCACAGUUGACAGCGCGUUUUACUUUUCAUCGUGCGACAAACACACAUUUUUAAAACCUUAACUGCGUUUUUAUCACCCAACCAAAUCUUAAUCAUGCAACCUGCACCAUCGAAGGAGUUGAAGAUCCAGUUCAAGAUCCAGCUGCUUUCCGGCAAGAAUGUUGUCCUGGUAGAGUGUCCGGGCUUCGAGAGUGAGCUGUUCAUGCCGCAGAUUGUCGGGGGACGGAUAACCUUCCAGAACAUCAUCCCGAAUCGAAAAUGCUGCCAAGAGAGCAGGAUGUUAACUGAUUCCUUGAAGGGCGACAUGGGCACAAGGCCUGGUAGCUCGAAGAGCCCAUUACGGCGCUCCCUUCUCGAUGUUAACCUCUCAACCCCACUUGCCAAGAGCACCCCGUCGAGUUCGUCCUUUCCGCGAGCCUGGGCCGACAAGGAGAACGUCCUCCCGCAGUUGACGCCCGAGGUAGUGCGCUGCCUACCAUUUCAGCUGACUUCACUGGGUGAAGUGGACAUGGAUGUGGACAUGGGCGAGAUGCUCUGCCAGGAGCCGGCAUCAAAGAGCCCUCGCCUGCAUUCGCCUGACCCUCAACAGAGGACAGAGGUCUCCCCACCAGUCCUUACCCAUAUGAGCCUGACUAAUGUUCAAUCAAAGGAAACUGGAGUGAACAAGUCUACACCCAAGGUUCCACCCGUACGGACCUAUGCCCGCAAAACGGCGGGCACCGCCGGCAAAGCAAAGCCGAUACCCACCUGGUCGCCCCUCCUAAAGAAAAAAAAGAAUGCGAUAGCAUCCUCCACCAAGGUGCCCAGUCCCACCAUGAAGCUGGAGGUGCGCCAUCGCAAACUGAUAGUAGACACCAAAAAGACCCUGGACGUACGCGAUCCCAACAAAUUGUGCAGUGCGCCCGUUUCAAUGAACAAAAUCAUUCGAAAGCAGGUGACUGGGAAGACACGGAAGCAGUUUGAGGCCCUUAAAAUCACAGCCUUUGACUUGUUAACCAAUCCGUGCAUAAGCAACAUGUCUGAAGAUCUCAUCAAACAAUUCCAGAAGUCCUGUGCGAACAAGGUAUGCACCACGUUACCCAAUUACGCAGAGAUCGCGGUUGCCUCGCCGCUGAAAAUGGAUAGAGAGGUUAAGGCCAUUAUGGCCAGGCAAAAGCGGAUGGAGCGGAACCAGAAACCGAAAUGCGCGUUGUCCCUGAAGAGCAAGCUAGUCUAAAGACCCGUUGCGUACUUAAGUCCCUAGAAUCAUCUCGAUGUAUUCGUCCUGACUUUUAGACAGUAAUCAAAAUGCAUGUAUAUUCUUGCCAUUCAGAUUAAACAGAAUACUACAAAUAAACCUACUUAGAUCUCCA